UUAUCAGUGGUUUUUGGUUUUCAUCUAUCGUCAGAGCACAGAAUGCGGCUUCAAUUGAACGGAGAAAUCCCUUUAGUUCUUCACCCAAUUCAAAAUUCCCUCCAUUUUUUCAAACCCAUUUCUCCAAAUCUCAUUUCCUUUCAACAAAAACAGAUCAAGCGUUCCCAAUUCAAUCGGGUUAGAGUUCAAUUCCACCAGACCCAAUCUUCAAACCCUAAGAAACGGACCCAAGACGACGGAAUUCCAUCAGACGACGUCAAAAUCCUCGCCAAAUUCAAAUCCCGCCACAAUUUCAUCAGAGUUCUCGAAGUUUCCCGAAGAGCUGAGCACCCACUUGCAGGUUCCAGAUUGCUCCUUCUCGAUGCUCCUGGUAACAUUCACAGCAUUUCAUUCCUUUUCAAAUCACUCACAAACACUUACUUCGAUGUCUUCGCCACAUUGCCGCCGAUUCUACCUUCGGGACCCAUCGGAAUCCUCGGAUUCGGCGCCGGCUCCGCCGCUCGAUCGAUCCUAAAGCUAUAUCCUGAGGUAGUGGUUCAUGGGUGGGAGCUCGAUCCUUCUGUAGUAGCCGUUGGGAGGGAGUUUUUCGGUGUAUCGAAGCUGGAAAAAAAGUACCCAGAUAGGCUUUUUAUCUACAUUGGGAAUGCUCUGAAUGCAAAUGUGACAGGGGGAUUUGCAGGGAUUUUGGUUGAUCUGUUUAGUGAAGGGAGUCUGAUUCCUGAACUUGAAGAUCCAAAUACAUGGAGAAUGCUCGAAAGGUGUUUGAUGAAAGGCGGGAGAGUGAUGGUGAAUGUUGGGGGCAGUUGUGUUGAGGCUGAGGACAUUAGGAGAGAUGGGAAAGUUGUAAUGGAACAAACUUUGAAAGCAAUGCAUCAAGUUUAUGGAAAGAAAUUAUGGGUUUUGAGACUUGGAAAUGGCGAAGAUGACAGUUCCUUAGCUCUCACUGGUGAUUUGCCGGACAUUGUUGCUUGGAAGAAGUUGCUUCCAAGGUCUUUGAGGUUCUAUGCUGAUAUGUGGACUCUGUAUAAUGGUGCAUAAGAAUUUUAACAACACUACUUCUGUUUCUCUGUCUCUGAUCUUGAAUCAGUUGGGUAAUACUUUUUGUAGGUAUUGCAUUUUCUGAUGUAUUUUAUUUGUAUGAAUCUUUGAGCUGUGUUAUGAAUUCAUUAACAUUUACAUAGAAGAAAAGUAUCUGUUUUUGUUUGAGUGGUGAA